AUGAAGGGGGAGGCCUCCAACAGCAACAUCCAGACCCUGUAUGAUAUACUCGGCAGCAUAAAGGUGCCGCCGGAAGACGUCUUUGCUUCCGGUGCCCACGUCAGUCAAAUCACCUUUGGCAACUCAACAGAUGCGGUCACGCUGCCGGUGAGCGUCAAGCUGACCCGCUCGACCUCCUCUGCGACUACCAUCAGAGAUCUCUCCGGCCUCGCUGAUGUCUCCGAUGUCUCCCUCGACCGACGAACGACCACGUACAUGGAGGAAAUUAUAACUGUCGAGUGUAUGGAUCCGCCAGAGGGCGAGUACUUUUUACUCAGCUAUAUCGCGCAGAAACGUCUCUACGCCCUCAUAUGCACCUAUGUCGAGAUAGAGUCGGCCGGCUUCUGGAGCGUCGUCGGCUUGACGGUGAGCAACCUCGCUUGCGGCGCCAACUUACAGUAUGUCUGCACCGGGUUCUUUACGCUUGCGGCCGCCGAGACCGGCUAUUACAUCAGCGCGGGCAUACGGGAGAACUGUGACGCGACAUUUAAGAGCAUUAUGGACACAUGCCGGAAGAGGGGGGGCGUCUCCACCGUGGAGAUCAUAGAGACAAAGAAAAAGUUCCUGGCAGUGGGCGUGGCAUCAGGCGCAAGUGAACCUGUAGCUCUAUAUAUAGAGGGCACUACUGAUGAGCUCUGUGAAACUUAUACCUGUGAUGGGCAGUGUAAGAAAGCAUAA